GGCCUGUGGUUUUAAACUGGAGCUUCUUAGUCUCCUGGGAUUUCCCCCUACUUGGUGACAGAAAAGAUGCUUGAUCACAUCAAAUCCUGGGCUGAGUACAUUGUGGAAUGGGCUGCAAAGGAUCCAUAUGGAUUUCUAACCACAGUGAUCCUGGCUCUUACUCCCUUAUUCUUAGCAAGUGCAGUACUGUCAUGGAAACUGGCAAAAAUGAUUGAAGCCAGAGAGCGAGAGCAAAAGAAGAAACAGAAGCGCCAGGAAAACAUUGCUAAAGCUAAACGAACGAAGAAGGACUAAAAUGGUAACCUACUGGACAGAACCUGCUCCUUUUCUAAACCAAGCACUGUUCUUACAUUUUGUACUUUUGUUGUUGUAAAUUUUAGAAAUUAUGUGCAUAAACCUGAGAAUUCCAGAA